GGGAAAAGCUGGGACUGGGAGACGCCACCGCAGCAGCCCUGCGUGGGGAUAGACCCAGCAAGUCCCCAUGGAGAACCCGGAGGAAGCCGAGGUGGAUAUUGACACGCUCAUUGAUGAGAUGGACUAUAUCCCUGGUCACUUCCACCUGGAGAUGAACCUGAACUUCGAGCCCUGCUCCCCUGUGAAUUUCAGAGGGAGGGACAUGAAGCUUAAGCGAGACAGCCUGAUGUAUGAGCUAGAGCUUGAGUCUGGCUCCCAGCAGUUCGCCGUCAGGAACCUGCUCGGGGUCUUCUCCUUCCACCUGGAGGAGAUGGAGCAAGCCAAGGAGAUCUUCCUGAGCAUCUCCCAGGAGGACCCCGACAACCUCAAUGCCUGGGCCAACCUGGCCUACGUGUACGACAGGCUGGACAGCGAGCAGGAAGAGGCUGACUGCACCAAGAAACUAGCCCACUUAAUGGGCCUGGGCUCUGAAGACGAGUCUCAGGGGGAUCCCAGGCUCCGAGCAGCCCGCUGUCUGGCAGAGCAGGGCUACGCUUACGUCUUUGACAUUGGGCUCGUGGAUGAAGAAGACCGAAUGGAGAAACUGACGGCCGGACUCGUGCUCUAUGACAAGGCUCUUGCUUAUGGGCAGCAGAUCCCCCUGGAGGAGAAAAGAAGCUGGUACUUCACUAUGGCCACUCUGUACAUCAGAUUAGAUGGGAUCCUGAUGAACAAGGGAAAUGAUGAGCAGAAGCGGCUGCCCUCCUUUAACAGAACGCUGGCUCUGCUUCGACAAGUGACCAAGUCCUCAAAUUCUCACUACAGAGCUCUGGCCUGGUGCUACCUCGGGAUGCUGCUAGAAAGGAAAGAGACGUUUUCCACCACCCCGAUGGGGAUCCAUGACUGUGGUUAUUCUGGGACUGGGCCACUUGAUUGCUUUGGCAAGGCAAUAGAAAUAGCUAAAGACAAUCCUCCCACACUAAACCGACUGGCAAAAAUUUUCCACUUCCUGGGCAAGCAAGAAAUGGCUAUGGGAAUCUGCAAUAUGGCGUUAGAUGUCCUACAAGAUCCAGAGCUCAACUGGCAGGCCUACUGCACGCGGGCCAAGAUCCGCAUUAAGCUCUAUCUGCGAGAUCUGGAACGUGCAAAGAUGGGUUUGGGAGGCAUGCCAGACAGGAAAAAUCUCACCAGAGCUAAAGAGGACCUUGAAAGCGUUGUAAAGGUUUGUCCGUGCUUGAAGACAUACCUGGACAUAGGCCAGGUCUACUAUUAUAUGGGCGUUGAUGCCAUGCAGGAACUAUUCCCAGUGGACGAGACGGCACUGGACAAUGCUUUGGAGUUCUUUGCGAAAGCCAUGGAGUUUGACCUGGGAGAUACACUACCGGAAAUACAGCUGCUCAGGGGGAAAUGCCUGCGGCUUAAAAAUGAAGAGUCCAAUGCCAUUGGGUGCUUCAAGCGAGCCAUAGAACUGGACGAUGUAGGCUCCACCUACACAGAGAGUUUCCGGUGCCUGAUGGAGACGCUCCUUAUACUGUUCAGUCAGAAAAGGGUGAAUGCUGAGAUGCUGAUGCAGGAAGUGGAAUUGUGGGUCAAGAAGGCUGAGGAGAAAUACACAAAGCAACGUGUCCGCCAGGAGCUGAGACUGGUGUGUCGCAAUCACACAACAGAGGUGAUCGAGCUCUCCAAAGCUAUGGUCACCAGAGGGAAUACCGAGCUGGUGAAGAUGCUGUUUGAGACAAUAAAGACUGACUUUUCCAAGCCCAAACUAAAUGAGCGAUCACUCUCCUUCUGAACAACCGACAUUGGACUCACGUCAUGCAGCACAAUUGCCUUCUGGCUGAUACUGUCUGAACACACCUAGUUCUCUCAGAUCUCAUCAAACAGGCAGUAGACAAUAAGCUAACCAUUUAACUCUUCUCUGCAGAUCUCUGAGCGGUGUGCAGAAGUGGCCAAGUAUUACUGUCUCUGUUUCACAAAUGGAGAAAUUGAGGUACAGACCAAAUAAUGAAAAGUGAUCAAAGCUGUGAGUGCUCAACCCCUUGGAAAAUCAGGCUCCAGGUUUCUCAGGCUGGACCUGGUCUGAAAUGUGCUCAAGGCCACACAGCAAGUUACUGGCAAAGCUGGAAGUAGAAUCCAGAUCUCUUGCUUCCCAGACUGCCACCCUAUCUGCGGGACGACUCUGCCUCCAUUACAUUCUGGGGAUGUGAUAUCAUCCACUGUAGAAUAGCCUGUGUGCUGGUUUUGGUCUGCAUUCAAUUAUCCUCCUUUUCACUAAGCGAAUGCAGCUAAUGCAGAACUCUGAUCCUGCAAACUCAUUGGGAAUUGAGGGUACUUAGCACCAUGUAGGAUCAGGCCACAAUCCUUGGAUUUCAUUUUAAACUAAUGAAUAACACAUCUGUUAAUAAGGUAAGAAAGAUUUUAGUGCGGGAAGGAAACAUGAGCUGUUGAAUACUAGAAAAUCUCAUAUGUUCGGUCUUUUCUACCUUACGCUUUUAUACUGCCUCCCAUCACCAUAGUAUCUGAUCCCCAACUCAGCUCUGCACUGGUUGGGAAUCAAACACAGAUCUCCCAUACUAUGGUGAUAAAAGCAGUAUAAAGACCUGUAUGAAACAGACACAUGCACAGUGAGAAUUUUACCACUAAACCACCCAUACUAAUAACUGAACUAAGGAUGGUUGUUAUGGGCUCCUGGGAGCACCUAAAAUUCUUCUGAAUUGGCAUGAAAUUUGAGGUGGUUUCUCUGCCUCUGAUGGAGUCUCUUGAUACUGCUGACUCUGGCCAGGUGCUCAUAAAAAUACUUCUGAGGGGCAAAGAUCUUCCAGUUGGAGUGCAUCAGAUGGCGCAGAAUGC